AAGGUCGUCAAGGUAAAGUAUGUUGUGAACUUAGUAACGAACAAGCGGUUGAGUUGCCGGCUGUCGCCGUCACAUGCAGCCAGUUAUCCCGUCGACUUUAGGCGGUGCGUCGUUUGUACGUAAGACGUGUCGUUCAAACCGCUGUUUCAUCUCUGUUUUUCCUCUAUCGCCUUCUUAUUCUACUCAUAAUCAGCUGGAAUCGAGCAACAGAAAUUUGGUUAUCGACAUGACAUGCAUCGGUACGCGUUGGCAGUGGCGUAGUUGCGGUCGAAGCAGAACGGGGCAAAGCCGUGUAGGCGCAUCGUUAUGAAAGGGACCAGUCGUCCAUGAACACAAACGGAACGUACUAUCUUGACGUUACACAUGUUGCAUUGAAAGGAUCGGUGAACUCUUGUUGCUGAACGCGCAUAUAGUUAAACAACGUCAUCGAAAGUUAUUAAUUAUUGAAAAGCGUUCUGCGCGGAGUAAAAUGAGGUAAGAGGCAAUAGAAAAAUUUACUCUGCUAACCAAUACGAAAUAGAUCCGGGGAAUAAAAGGUGGACGCAUCGUUCGAGGGUCGUGUUUGCUCGUGUUGUGUCGUCAAAACUACAUAUGGGUGUGUGUAAAGAACGAGGAAAUUCAAUGUAUCGGUGAAAAUUGGGGAGGAUCGCUGGUAGUACGUAGUGACAAAGAGGGUGCUUUGGUGUCAAUAACUGUGAAUAGCAGGGCGAUCUUCCUAUCGUUGUUCCGGUGGAAGGUGGAAGAAAAAGAGAAAGAGAGAGGGAGAGAGAGGAGUACGUUCGGUUGGUAUACCUUCGUUGGCACAGCGUGCCGGCGUUUUGGAGUGCUCGUAGCCGUAGACGCGGCUACGUAGCUAUCCUAUACCUACCCUAUAAAUCGCGCGGGGGGGAACCUAGUACGUGAAUGUGUUGGAAGGGGUGGCCACGUCUUCGUCGUCGUCGUCGUCGUUGUGAUCGCCGUGAAAACGGUGUUACACCGUGGGAAUUGCCGAAAACACAUCAUCGAUGGCCCGCGCGAUUUUUCCGCACACUCGGUAUCCGUGAUCGCGGCACGGCGAGAACCUCGUCAAGGAUGCCGCGGAUACCGUUUAUUAGAUAUCCACGAAGGAUGGCGGGCUUUGAGAUCGUCGCUCGGAUCGAUAGGUACGAAAGAAUCGAAUAAUCACGGAGGAAACAAGAGAAAGAGACAGACAGUUAGAGAGAAAGAGGGGGGGAGAGAGAGAAAAAAGACAAAGUGGUGAGGUGAGUCAGGAGACCUUCCCCUAUCCGGAGGUUAGGCCUCCGAGUAUCAAGGAUCUUUAUUCGAAGAUGAACUCCAUGAUAUAUACCUUGUACGGCUUCGCUAUAUUUUUCAUGAUAUUCUGGUCGGUAAUGUGGAUCGUUCAUGUACUGGCACUGAUAGCCGGUCACUGGAAGCUGCACCGUAAAGUCACUCAAGUACCAACCUACGAAACGCCCUUACCCGGUGUGUCGAUCAUAAAGCCCCUGAUGGGCGUUGAUCCGAAUCUGUUCAGCAAUUUAGAGACAUUCUUUACGAUGCAAUAUCCCCGUUACGAGUUACUGUUCUGCGUGGAAGACGACUCGGAUCCGGUGUUGAUGUUAGUACGUAAACUGAUCGAAAAGUAUCCAGAAGUGGAUGCGAGACUUUUCAUCGGCGGUUGCAACGUGGGCGUGAAUCCAAAGAUCAACAAUAUGCAACCAGCGUACGAGGCGGCUAAACACGAGUAUGUACUGAUUAGUGACAGUGGUAUCAAGAUGAAGGAGGACACGCUGUUAGACAUGGUUAAUUACAUGACCGACAAUGUCGCGUUAGUGCAUCAGAUGCCGUUUACCUGUGAUCGCGAAGGUUUCGCCGCGGCAUACGAGAAAAUCUUCUUCGGUACUGUACAGUCGCGUAUGUACCUAGCCGCUGAUUUACUUAGGAUCAAUUGUCACACAGGGAUGUCAGCGUUGCUGAGAAAAGCGCCCCUCGAUGAGGUCGGCGGUUUAAAGACGUUCGGUGUGUAUUUAGCCGAAGAUUUUUUCUACGCAAAGUCACUGACCGACCGUGGUUGGCGAAUUACUGUGUCCUCGCAGCCGGCGUUGCAGAAUAGCGGUCACUGCGAGCUGCAUUCGUUCCAGGCGAGAUUACGGAGGUGGGCGAAGCUCAGGGUGGCUAUGUUGCCUACCACGAUCGUUCUCGAACCGCUUAGCGAGUGUUUAGUGUUAGGUGCCUGUGCUUCCUGGGCGGCCAACGUACUUUUCGAGUGGGACUCCCUUGUUUUCUAUUUGGUACACAUACUAUUGUGGUUCAUGUUCGACUGGACGCUAUUGAGCGUCGUCCAGAACGGUCCGUUGCCGUUCAACAAGUUAGAAUUCGUAUGCGGAUGGUUACUCAGCGAGAUCACAAGGCCUUAUCUUUUCCUUCAGGCAGUUCUAGAUCCUCUGAUACAGUGGCGGUCGCGUGUCUACAAACUCAGGUGGGGUGGAGUCGCGGAAGAGGUUAAGGCAAAAGUCAAAUAUUAAAUUGCACUAUGAAACCAGCGGUUUUACUUUUUCCUCCUUUCUUUUUUUCGUUUCUUUCCUUUAUUUCUAUUUCUUCUUCUUUCUUUGAUACGUUUGCAGGGUAUUCCAGUUUUCUCCGACCAAAUCUUGUCAGGAUAUUCUAUGACCAUAGGUAAAUACAAAGAGAAUGAUACCAAUCUUACGAUUACUAUGCUAUAAGAUGAAAAUAGAUUCGCUAUCGAUAUACAAUGCAAAGUUCAUUUUCACUAUAUUAUUUGCUCGUUGUAUGUACAUAACUCUUUUUUCAAAGUUACCUAGAUAUAAAAGUUUAGGGCGAUAUCGUCGGAGGCCUAACCAUCGUUCUCUUCGUAUUUCUCUUUUGUUAUAACUUUUUAAUAAAGCUUUGAACAAUUAUAUUAGAAAAUCAUUAUACGUUUACACAAAGUCUUUUCCUUAUUUAUACCCAUAAAACAUCCUGAAAAUAUUUAGCCCGAAAAAACUGGUACAUCCGAUAUACACGUAGGGAUUAAUAUGCACACAUUGAGCUAGAAGCGUGGAUAUUUUGUAAUAUCCGAUAUAUCAUACUAUUACGCAUGUAGUUCUUAUUAUACUUGAAUUGCGUUAUACCGUGGAAAAAAUAUACGCCGUAUAUACACGAUAUUUACUAAAUAGGGGUGUCUACGCGUCGUGUGUACAUGUACGCGUAUAUACGUAUGAUUCGCUUAUGUAAAACAAUAAUCGCGACAUGCAUGUAUAUGCACGUGUGCCAUCAUUUUUCAAUUAUUUAGCAUAUCAUCUCCGUUAGCUCAUUGGUAUGCUCAUUUCACGUGCAAUGUUUACAGAAAAAAGAAGAAAAGUAAUGUAAAAAAAAAGCAUCUAUGAUAGAUUAUGUUAGAAAGAGAAACACGUAGUAAAUAAUCGACGUAUAUGUAGCUUUUUCUUCUUUCUCUUUUUCUUUUUUUUUCUUUUUCUUUUUCUUUUUUUUUUUUUUUUUUUUUUUUUUUUUAAAUCCUCGUCCGGAACGAGGUUACCUUAAGUCGUUAUUGUAGUAUAUUCGGUGCGAAAGUAUUCAUACGUUUUAAGAAAACGAUUCCUGUAAAAAGCCAUGGUUGCGCUGGCUUCGCGAUCAAUUUAACAUCUUAUCGACGUAGUUGGUGAUUUAUUGUCGAAAUAUCUUUCGCGUGUUGCAGUAACUAAUUGGUAAGGUUAACGUUGUUUUGAUUUUUAAGUAAAUAUUUAUUUUUAAUAUUAAAAAGUAUUUAACAAAGGAUUAUAUGAUUAAACGAAGCACAAGCACGUUCGAUUAUGGAAAAAAAAAUGUUUACGGGUUUGAUGAUAAUAAUAUUCGCUCCUAGUACUAUAGUGUUUCUUUUCGAUGUCUCCGUGUCGAUAAACUGGGAAGAAGUAGAAUCAAAUAAAAAUAUACAUACGUGUUAGCAGAAACGAUUAAUUUAACGCAUUAUAGACGGUGCAUAUGUAGUAAUUUUACAUAACAAAGAAGCACAUUUUUAGGUAUCACAGUGCUUAAUCGUAUCUUAUAUUCUUUCCCCUUCUUUUCUUUUAAGAUUUUUUUUUUAAGAUUAUAAUUUUUUGUUGAAUUACUUGUUUUAUUACGCAAGAUAAUGAUUCUAACAAAAUUUCGAUAAAUCGAUAGAAUGGAAGAAAUACAAUUAUAUAAAUAUUUAUUUAUUUGAUAUGUACCUUUUUUCGUUUUAUUCGUUUAAUACGCAACGCGUAUACGUACAUGCAUAUUUUCAAUUAGAACUAAUUGUUAUUGUAAAAAUCUUACCCGUGAAUACAAGUAUCUUCGCGUCGAGUAAUCGAAACAAAUUGAUUGUGUUACGUAACGUUCAACGUACUGACGAUGUUACUUUCUAUUGAUGCAUAUUUCUUUCUUCUAGUAAAGUUUGAAUUCAAUUUCAUCUGUCCGUGCUAUUAUCGAAACACGUUUAUAUUUCGAACAAAAGAUGUCGGACGCUUAAUUACGAUAUCUCCCCCCCCCCUAAAUAAGAAGAUUAACAAGUAUUAAUAAGUAUUAAGAAGAUCAUCAAGUAUUCGAAAUAAAUUCGGAUUUAUCUAAAUCUAAAUACUUGUUUGCUUCUCGCAAGGUCGAGAAAAAAGAAAUCGCACCAUGUCGCUUAAUUGUAUUUUUCUGCGAAAAAACUAAUGUUUUCUACGCGGUACUUGUCUCACUUAAUUGCUUAUUAAGACUAAUUAAGGGCAUCUGCACGAUGCAUCUUUCGUGAUUAAUUUUUCUUUGAAAGUUUCCUACAAAAUGUAAUCCCUUGUUUAAUGCUCAAAAUUAUCGCCAACCACGAUAAUGAUUUAGAUUAUAGUUAGAUCGAUCGAACGUUAUUAUAUAAAGAGAAAAACAUUCGUGUAGUUUGUAGAUUAUCGAAUGAGGCAUCCCAAAAGUUGUGUCGCUUCUUGACGCUAACUUUAAGCGUAUAAUAAUAAUAUUUACGUUGGUAAUUAUUUUCAAGUACUGUAACUUCACCGAUUUCGAUGAUUUUUGAAUAUGUUGUACAAAUUAACAUUUUCAACAACUUUUUUUUACAUAUAUAACCUUCGCACAACCUUAAUUGUGUCGGUACCAGUGAAAUCUGCCUAUAAUCGUGCGUCCGUGAUAGCUUAUAUGUUAACAUUGAUAAAAUGAUGCUUAACUGAAUCUAUAUAUACUAUAAAUAAACGAUAAGAAUUAGUUUUGGGCCAGGUGCUAUUUUAUUCGGCCACAAUGAGACAGUCGGUAACCAAUACCAGCGCAUACGUUGUCACGGAUGCACAAUACAGGCAGAAUUCACUGUAGUUGUACCGGCAGCCUUUUGCGAAUAUCUCGGAAACUAAGGUCAGCCGAGGAUUAUAUGUUUAGGAAAACGUUGUUAAAAAUGUUGAUUUCUACAACAUAUUUAAAAAUCAUCGAAAUUGAUGAAGUGCCAGUACUUGUAAAUAAUAACAAUACUCCCUUACGUUUAUUCUUGCUGGUAGAUCGGAUUUUGUUUUAUGGGGAGGUCGAAAAUUCACCUUCGAUAUUCUCUUAUGCUUAAACACGUUCUCCAUACACGUUACGAAUAUUGUCAGCGGCAUGUUUAAGUAUAUUGCCUCUUUAAAAUGAAUACGGCAUACAAUGCCGAAAAUGAAUUGCGUUGAUACUCGGUGUCUCUCGCUUUUUUUAAAAUAAAACAUAUCCCUUCUAAUUGCUUCGGAUGCAUUUUGUAGAUUGACGACGACACUAUCUUGUAAAGCAUAGGAAAAAGAAUUCUAUAAAUAUAUCGCAUAAACAAGAUACGGACGAUUUACUGGAUGACCUAAUGCGAUACUUUUAUUUAGUAGAUUCAAAAUACUUAAUAUCGAUUCUUAUCCCUGCCGGUACAAAGCCAUACGUUUCUCGUGCUUGCAAUCCUAACAAUAAGUGAGAUGACGCUAGCUAUCCUCGCAUCUAGGAUGGCGUCGUAGAACUAAACACUGGUUAACAUAACGUUCGUGUAUGUUCUUAUAUGGCACGCGUUCGAUCGAUUUCGUCGAUUAGUUAAGAUCAGAAAGGUUAAUAGGGUUUGUCGAAUCUAGUCUUGAGUGUAAUUCGCUGUGGAAGCUUCGACAAUUGUACAUGUUACAUAUUAUCCUUUCAAAUAAGAGUGUUCCUUGCUUUUUCUACAUUCCAUAUUCAUCUCGUGUGUGUGUGUGUUCUUACGUGUGUGACGGUCGCCAUCCUUAUAACGUUUCGAAUGAAACUAUCGACUCUUUGUUCUCUGUCUUGCGAACCAAUUAGUACAAACUAAAUAUGUUUGUAAUCAAUGUUAAUUAUACUCUUCUAUUGUUCCGCGCGUUUUAAUUACUCGUGCAGCGCAAUCUAUAUCUAAAACUAUACCGCUUGAUUAGAGAACGCACGACAACAUCAUUACGCCAAGGUCCACUGUUAUGAAGAUUUUCCUGUGUUCCGCGAGCACGUCACCGAGUAACAAUGAAAAAAAAUCUAUCGGGCAGGGUCAUCUAUACUCUGUGUUUAGCAAGUGGAAUUAGUAGAGAUAAACAGAUGCACAUGACUAGGACAGAAACAUGUUCAUAACUUUCAGUUACAACUAUCUGGUAUAGCAAAAUCUUUUUCUUUAUACAAAAUUUUUGAAAUCGAGUUUUGUCCGGGUUUUCGGUGCGUGCUAUACAUCCGAGAGGAGCAACGACGUAGGUAAAUUCGCUCCUAAUGUCAAAUACUAUCAAUUUAUUAUCGAAUAAAUAACGAACAUAGAGGCAAAGAGUCGAAAUGAUAUAAAAGUCAAAAAACGUUCUAGAAAUCAAUUUUUUAAUUCCUACUUUUGCUUUUCCGAUUUUUGAUGUUUUUAAUUUAUUUCGGUGACCGAGUUAUCUAAAAGGCUAAUUGCUGUCGUUAAUUUUUCAGAAUAUAAAUAUAGAAAAAAGAUAGAUCCGUGUUAUCUGGCUGUUAUCUGGCUCGAUGGGAAGCGCUGUUUUAGCAAGUUUUCUACACAACGAGCGGUGCUGCGGUGCUUAACGACAAAAGUGAAUUUAAGGCUUUUGAACCCUGACACUUUCAUCAGUGAAGUGGUCAAUUAAUUGUGAUAUUUAUAUCGUACCCGUUUCACUACACAACCAAUAACUGUUUAACCCUUGCCUCGUCAAGCUUCAACGAAAUAGUGUGCGUGCGUUUAAUUAAUAGCAAUUGUAACCGUACGAUUUCGAAUGGUUGGGAGCUAUUGUGAUUUUUCAAUCGUAAUAGUUUGUAAUUGAAGGUCAUUGAUCGUGUUUAUAUUCGAUUUAUAUUCAAGGUUUAUAUCCUAAUUUCUUAUUUGCUAUAGGCCGUUAGUUUUCAGCAUUUUUCUCCUAAGUGAAAUAAUGACGAGUUUACAAAUGUUUCUAAAUCGAUAAUUAUAAUUUUUUAAUUUCUAUAACGAUAGAAUUUCAUUGUCGUAGCAAAUAAAUACAUUGUUAAUAGAUCUCUAAAUUAUUUACUUUAUUUUUGUAUUUCGGGUACUUUUAAUUCCAUUACGUAUUUCGUAGAUUUGUUGAACUCGUUCCAAUAAUCGCUAUCAUAUAAUAUAAAACGGAUUAUAUCCGUCAAUUGGAAAACAUUCGAUGGAACUUGCUUUGGCCAAACACGAUUCUGAUUAACGAACAGUAACUGCUUUUAUUUAAACAAUGAAUUCUUACUUCGUAACUUUUCUGUCGUCGAUGUUUCGUUUCCUUUCGUCUUCGUUCGAUAGUUCUUUUACUCGACGAUCUCGCAAAAGAAAAUAGCGAUAUUUUUUGCGAUUUUGCUGAAAUCGAUAACUCGUAUUAAAAUCGAACACUGUUUACGUGCGAAGAACUAGAGGUCAAUCGUGUUGGUUAGACUUUUUCCACGAAUUGCCACGAGCAUACUCUUUUUUAUGUCGAUGCAACAUGGAAUAUUAGCUGUCCUCUAUCUUAUCGUGAUUUAUCGAAAGUCAAACGAUUAUUCCACCUUACUCGGCGAUGUUUCCAUUUAUCAGGGUUUAAAGUCUUCAAUAUCGCACGUAAUCAUCUUCAAUCUAUAAAAUUGAUAUGUUCUAUGUGUAGAAUUAGGAAAAAGCAGGAAAGACAAGGGAGGAACUAAAAAUGUGAAAAAGAAGUUUUCGCCCAGUUUGAAUGAAUGAAGAAACUGGAACGACAUUGGAGGCAGUCUCGCGACAGGAAUCUUUCAAAACUUGUUUUGCUUAGAAAUGAACUUUGAAUGCGAUUAAAAUUUAGUUGAAUCCACGUCGAUAUAUUUUAUCAGAAAAAACGUAAGAAGUGAUAUCGCUUUUCUUAACCAAAAAAAGAUGCAGUAGCUUAACACGGAAGGGACCUCUGUGUUAAUGAUUAGAUCGAAUUAUCAUCAAGGGUAUCCAGAGAAUUUUGAAUAUUCUUCAUAAUGUAAUGACGUCAAAACGGUUUUAGGAAUUUGGUAAUUCAAAAUUAUUGUUUCUAGCGACUCACGAUUGCGGUUACAGCGCAUCACGUACAUCAUGUACAACGAUGUUUGUUUUAUAUUUUUUUUUAUUAUCUUUCAAAUAGAAACCUCUUAAUACAUAUAAUCCUGAUAAAAUUUAUUUGGUAAAAGAUACAACCAUAUUUAAAGAAUACACCCUUGUUUACUUAUAGGAUAGUUCGAUAGGAAAUUCUCGUAGCUUUACGUAAAGUAUUAUCGAAACAAUUACGUUAGGCUAACAUAGCUUUUUGAUUUCUACUUUUUCCAAGACACGUAAUCUAUAUUCCAAUGUGCUGAUAAGAUUAAAACCACACAAUCAAUAAAAAUGAAACCGCUGCUGUCUCUAUGUAUAGGCAGUGCGAGACUGACUCGUGAGGCUGUCUCGGGACGAACCAACGUCUGCUGGGUUCUUGGCGAGAUCAAAGGUGCCUCGCAGCUCCUGCGUUUGGAUACGUAUAUUCACGAAAUGGACUGAGACGACUUUGUCGAAAGCCUAACCGUUGCUCGCUUCACUUCGCAUAGUUCCGUCGCGUACUCUAUGUUGCGACAAGAGGCAGUCUCACGGGUAAACCUCGCAUUGACUGUACAUAACGUUAGACACAAAAUCGCUUGAAAUAGAGCGUCUUUUGCUCAACGUCGCUUUAUUUUAACGUGCCAUUCGAAUCAGGUGUUUCAAGAUUUUCGAGGAUUCCUUUCAUCCCAGAAGUUCGUCCAAUUCUUUUUAAUUGCCAAAUAACACCAUCCAUCAUUUUCAGCCAUUUAAGUCGCUGAUGUAACCCUGUACUUCUAUUGGAAGUUUAUUAUGAACUAUGACUUUAAGAUAAAGUUUUAAACUUCGCAAAGAGAUACGUACUCUGAGAUGGACCAUUGUUAAUGUCUACGUACGGUAAAAUGUUUCUAAUCGUUAAUUUUAUUUUCAAGUCACGAGUUACUUAGUAAUUGUUCCCAGCGAUGUAUAGUGCACUCUUAAGUAUGCCCUACCUACGCAAUGAGAUUUGCCCCGAAGCGUGUCUCCAAGUAUCGUUCUAGGCGAGCUCAUGAGACCUACUUAUAAGAGUAGUAUGGACAUCUUCCGAGCAACGAAAUAUCAUCUCUAUGCGAGAAACAUUUGCAACUGUUUAAGUAUAACAGUAGAUAUGUGUAUGGAAAAGCAAACAAUACCAAGUAAAAGAAGGAAAGGAUCUCGAAGAAUUAGCUAAUUGCCAAUAUAAUAGAAUCGCUUUUUGGUCUCAGUUCAAUCAGGACAAUCUCGCCAAUACUUUAAUGAAAUUUUUAUUAACGAAAAUAUAUAAAAUAAAAUAAUUUCGUCGUUACAUUAACGUUUUAUCUCACUGAUACGAGGGCGAAACGUAUGGCUCUGCUGUGCGACACUCUCGAAUACUUGAGAUCAGGUCAGGAGGACAAGGAUGAUAUAAUGACGGUAAAGACUAAUGAUACAAACAAAGCAGUCUCACCCUCACUGUAUUCCAUCGAAGACGAAAGACCAAAAGUGGCCAUGAGGUCAGAUAAUAUUUCACUGACAAAUAAACGAAAAGCAUCUGCUCUACCAGAACGCAACCUACUGCUAUAUGAUUAAAGGCAGUAACUUUCCGUCCGUUUUUAUGGCUUAAUAUUUACGUCAUGGAGUACAAGAAAUUUAACCAUGUCCAAUUUAUUUAAGUUCAAUUAGUAUUACCAAAAUACCUUGGUCUACCAGACUUCAUCCCAUUACGAUCUCCUGGCAAACUAUAAACAAAUUGACUUUUUAUCGUUAGUUUCCUACGUCAUCGAGUACAAGGUCGUAAUAGGGCUUAAAUUAAAGUUUAUGAUUCCCACUUUACGAAUGAAAAGAUCUGGCUGACUUCCGCUUGAUUUCUGCCUGCCAUAAAUAUGCAGUAGACCAGUUCUUUAAUGCAUACGAGACCUUGGCUAUUUUUAUAUCUUGACUAAAAAUUAUUAUUCAUGUGUUUUACGCUGUUAUAAAAAUAUAUAUGUAUAUAUUAGUUUAGCAGAUAUUUUAGUCUUUAUUUUGUAGAACUAGUCGUAUGAAAGACAAGGAAAGACGCGAAGCAAUUAUUACUUUUGUAUUUGGUUUCCUCGUCUUUUAUACGAUAGGUCUUACAAGAUAAAAACUAAAUUAUCAGUCAAGCUAGAGUUUUUUCGACAUAUAUAAGUUAAUAAUUUGCUAUAAAGAAUAUCAAGAUAGCGCAUUAAAAAUUAUAUGAUUCCAUUUAAGGGAACGUAUGUCACCUUCGUAUGAUCUUUAUGCGCCCAUCUAUAAGAGAAUUAAUUACACCAGAUUAUGGUCCUCUUGAAAUCAUUCAUUUUUUAUUUAAACCGUAGUUUAUUAUAUAACUGUCAGUUUAUCAGUAAUUCGUAUUUAUAGAUUAAAAUCGGUACAUAUACAUAUAUAUGUUUACAGUAGUGAAACACGCUCCCGUCUUCAUUUCGUAUUGUCGACGGCAGUUAAUUUGUUUCACAAACAAAUUUUCUAACGCCAUUUCACUUCGAAGUCGGAACGGAUACGAUUGUACGGAUAUGAUUGUAAGUAGGCUUCAUGAGGCCCAGAAUAGGUCUCGCGAGACCCAGCUCGCUUCGCAUAUUAGACUGAGGAAAAUCCCAUUGGGUAGGACUCACAAUCAUCGCAAUCGCGUGUCUUUCGAUAUGAUACUGAUUACUGUAUAAAGUUUCCAGUAGUGUAGUAAACAAUUAAGUUCUCAAGAUUCUAUAUGCUUAACAUUGCGUUCUCUGAAUUCCAUCGUCUUAUCCGUCACACCAAUCAGCAUUUAUCCUGAAUUCACGCAAUCAGAUAAUACGCGAUCUUUCUUUAUAAAAUAGAUUACAAUCUAUAUGUGUGUUUCAACUGCCCUGUACUUCAAAAAAGAAAAAAAUACGAUUUCACGUACCUCGUUCUCUAUCUUAACUUUCUUUCAAAUUGUCAGAUCUCGAUUGGGGUUAGGUUGGGGUUAGGUUAUAGAAAUGGCUUCGUGGUUUCAGGUUAUGUAAUUCGAUGUUUCGACGACUAAUUUUUGGUACACGAAUAUGUAGGAUUUUCCUGAAGUUCACGAGAAAUUGUAUCAUCCUCAGGAAAAAAGGGUUGCUGGGCUGCGCAAGAUUUGCGUUUUCGUUGAAACGACACGGCCACGUGGAGAGCAGAUCUUUUUGAUGUCCUUUCUAGCAAGAUGAAAGGAAAGUCGAACGAAAACACUCUUUUUCCACGAACCAACGGUCGCUUGGACUCGAGUGCCAUUACGAAAGUGCAUUUAACGAAAAAGGAGCAACAAUGGCGACUGUUACGAGGAUCUAUCUGUAGCAUAAUCUUUUUUUGCCGCGGCAUAAUUUGUCGCAUCUUCUUUAUGGAAAUUAUAAUUUCAAUUUAAAGGUGAUGAUUUCCUUUCUUCCUCUUAUGUGGGUCCGAUUUCUUUUUUUCUCAUCAGAAAAGUAGCACGUUUUUCACCGGUAAAAUGAUCGAUCGUCGUUUGCGAAAACCAAGGUAAAUCAAUCAGCUUUCUGUCCUAACUCAUCGCUUUCCUUUUUUGUCGUUUAGUGUUACCUUUCAGAUAACGUAUAACCACCAGUAUAUAUGUUUUUUGAUAUAACUCAAUGUUUAUCGUAUUUAUCAUAUUUUUCAUAAAAAUAGAGUGAAAAAAUCAAAACGGAGUGUAUAUAAAAAUGGAUAUAAAAAUAGCAAUAACGUUUAUUUACAGAUAUUGGUCAAUAUAAAGCGAACGAUGACAUGUUCUUUAUUUAUGAAAAUUUGAUGCAGCCUUAUAAAAUUGAAAACUUAUUUCGUAGAAUGACGAAAAAUUGAUAUCUAAAAAUCGGGAAAUAUAGGAUCAUAUUUGCUAUCUAUUUUUGUUAGUCUAAUAUGUAGUAGUUAUUAGUUAGUUAGUUUGAUUAUUAUUACUUUAUAAAGUUCGAUUCUCGAUGUUCCUGUUUCUCCUUUCAGAUUCCUCGCUAUUAAAUAACUAAAUCAAAAAAAUUUCUUUAUUCCUUUCUGUCCACACUAUGAACGUGCGUUUUGAUAUGCAUAAAAAAACUUUUAGAAACUUGCCCGGAGGUUGUUGAAAGUGCUUCGUAAAUAUCGAAGAGUUUUCAUCAAAGGUAUAUCACAAAGUGUAUGUCGUACUUACAGUGUUAAUUCGAGGGUUAAUAAAACAAACAAUAUCCAAUUCCUGUGAGUGAAAAUACGCGUUCUAUAAAUUUUAGAGGUUAUGGUUAAGAUACGUCGGAAAUUCGAUUCAUGGGCGUGUACAACGAUCCAAGCUUUUACAGAUUAUUCUUCUCGUAUCUAUUUAUUUGUAUACGAUUCUACGAAUGUUGUGUCAAAUUUUCGAUCGUUAUCUCUCUUGUAGAGAUACAGAGUUUUAUACUUUUUGGAACGAAUUAGAGAAUAGAGCUCUUAAACGAGCAUGUCCAACCCAGUGAUAAAUUAACACGGUACAUAAUAAUUGUGUGAUAAACAUGAUAUGACUCACGCGUGAAACAUUUCAUUUCUCUCUUUUUCUUUGGUUCGUCGAGAGAUAAAGUGACUUGCUGAAUUUUCUAUAUCGUUAAACGCACUAACGGAGAGAUAAUUCUUGGAUACGUCAUCAAUUAUAUUUUUCCUUAAAACUUUGUCCGCCUAGUCAAGAGUAUACGAGGAAAUUUUUUAAUUUAAGACGUUAAAUAACGAAUUGUUCAUUUCAUAUUAAUAUUCAUAUUAAUAUUAUUUUUUAAUCAGUUAACUGCAUUUGACGAGUAUAGACGUCGUUGCUUGUAUUUAUUUACGCACUCUACGACCUAACCUAGUAAGAGAUUUCUAGAACUAAAUUCUGCAGUUAACUGGCUAAUGUCUUAAUGAUACUUCUGCUUAUUAUUAAUUUUGCUUUACUUUUUGUUAAUGAAUAUAUGGAAAUUUUUAAUUUAACAGCUGAUAUCUAUCUAUCUAAUAUCUGCAUAUAUACAAGAAUUCUGAAAGCUUUGCAAUUUCCUUCGUUGACGAUUUUUAGUUUCUAAACUUUCAAUGUUUUAAAUUUAUUCAUGCAAAAAUACGUAUGCACAAAUUGUAGUAAUAUUUGUAAGACAUAUCAUAUUAUCGAUAACAAUAAAGGAAAUCCUGUUAUCGUGGCGCUGUUUUAAAAGCAAUAAGGAAUUUUAUUCAACCAGAUUUAGUAGUUAAAUCUUUGAAGAAAUAAAAUAAUCCGGUUUAUUAUUUUUUAACAACGAUUCAUAUCUGAGACAUAUGUCGAUUCAUUUCAAUUUACCGGAUAUAUAUCAACAUACAAAUCAUAUCAAGAGUCUUGUUUAGUGUCACUAUAUAAUUGAGUAUCUUGUCCUCAAUUGCAAUUCAUUGUUUCGACUAAUAAGUAGUCGUACAGAUAUUAUUAAGCAUCUGACGAAUAUCUGAAUUGUCGCCUCUUAAUUAUCGAGAACCAGAAAUGCAAUUAUUUUGCAUUUUGUCUUGUUCUUGACUAUUAUCGAAGAUUAAUUUUCAUUUAAAAUUUAGUUGUUUAGUUGAUCUUAAUCGUUCGUCGUGUUGUAUAUAGCCGAACAUUCGUAAAAAAAAUUAUUUUCAGAUAAAGAGAGCAUAAAAUAUUUUUAUUUGAAAUAGUAUCUCAACAUUAUUGGUGUUAAGGUUAAUCAGUGGAUGGAAUUAAAGAAAUGCGUGGGCAAACUGCAAGGUAUUGAAAGUAUAUAUAUUGUGAAUAGUAAAUUACAAAAUAUGUGGUACUAUGUAAGCCGAUCCAGCAACGUUACCCUGAGACUAAAAACAACUGCCGAAACCAACGUCGCACAUGUACCGCUUAUCGUCUUUCCUCGACGCAUUCUUUUGUCUACGCGCUACCGAUGACCUUAGGCGCAUGAGAAACCGAAGACCAGAUGUAGAGUUUUCUCAGAAGUGACGAUCACUUCAACAAUUGGUAACGAAGGGUAUGAAAAUCAAAGUAAUCAUCAGGCAAAAGGUCAAUUGUCGAGAAAAGUGUGUUAAGGCAUUGACUACCACAAUGCUAACUCAUCUUUCUUCUUUACUAAAUCUUUUAGAAUGAUUAAGAUUAAAAAACAAAAAUUUUCGAUAAUGUUAAUGAUUUAGAUAACAUUGUCAGAGGAAAAGCGAGCAAAUAUAGUAUAAUGUUUUGCAAGAAUGAAACCUUAUAAUAUAUUUCAAUUUAUUUCGGGUUCCAGGAUAAAAUACAUAUAUAAAAUUCGCGUGGCAGUCAACGCGUUAACGAAGAUGUAGUCUCUAGGAAGGUUCGGCUAACGUGAACGACGUAAAAAUUGCUCUGAGCGGUUUGAAUGCGAAACAUGUUGACACAAGUCGACAUUUGGAACUUCCAUUGAAGGUUUCGCGGAUCAUUAAGUCUCUCGAAGGUUCUCGGAGGAAUCGUCGCACAUAGAAACUGACGAUGCUCGUUCUGUCCAUGGAUAGAAUCGAAACACGCGUCCGAUAGAAGGAAACAAGCGUUCGAUUUACAUUGUGCCGGAUGAAUCAUCGGGGGAACACGCCAGACGACGAGAACAAUACAAAUGAAUGAAGUUGGCUCGUUCGGAUAGCACACGAAUAUCUCGAAAACGCCCCGUCGCAUCUGGUCGUGCCGUUCUGAUGACUAAUUUUUGCUUGUUAUAAUCUGUGAUUCGACAGAAUUUAUUUGUACGAUGCCGCGUUAAUAUUUUACAUUUGAAGGGAAAGUCGAAAAAUUGAAAGAAAAAUAUCGCUAAAUAUCUUCAAAAAAUCAUCACAAGUCCACGAUUAAUUACACGCACGUUAAAAUGUGAAAUCCAAGCACAAUAUAAAACAAAGGAAAUAACGAUUCGUUGAGGUAAUUAAAUCGAGGUAUUUCCACGCUCUAAAUGCGUCAUUUCGAAGUCAGUUGUAAACUAAACUGGAAUUUCCCCAUUAUUUUGUGUAUCCGGGUGAUGCCAACUGCUCUUGCAAAACCCCAUUUCUAUGGUAUUCGCGAAUCAACAACGCCGACAACGUUCCAAGCUCUUGAACGUUUUCGCAGCACCGUUUCACACGAUCGAUUUCAAGGUCUGUGGUUUAUUCUUCGAAAAGUGGAAGCUGCACUGGUCUCAAGGUUCUCCAAAUGCACCGCACUUGAAAACAUCCAAUACUGAUCCAAGUUAGUGAACUCGCUAUCAUUGAUCUCCAUUCACCGAAGAAAGACCAUUCCACGCUAUUCGAGUGUCGACUCCACGCUAUUCCAUGCUAUUCCGCAGUAAUGCCAACCUAAUUUUUGAUAAUUUCACUACUAUGAUUUCGUCGCGACGAAUUUCAUAUUAAUUUCAAAUAUGAUUUCAGGUGACUCAUUAAAUAUCGUGUAAGAGUGAUUAAUGUCCGUAAUAUGUACUUAUCGUAACCUACCAUCAUAAUAUGUAGUACUUAGUUUCAUUCCUGUACUCACACUUCAUUUUGUGAUUGACAGCUUAUGCAAUCGAUUUAUAUAAUAAGUUAGUUAAUUAUCGUGACUAGAUAUCUUACGAAUAUAUUAUCGCCGAUAUGCGAUCUUUAACUUGAAAGUCACAGGUUGAUUAAAAGUACAAUUUAGUAAUUUUUCUGUAGAAAUUAAUCUUAAAAGAUCGGGGAGAAGUGGGGCAGUGAUAAUAACACGAAUAAAUGAAAUUAUACACAUCUACAAUUAAUAUCAUAAAUAAAAAAUAUAUAUCUCGUUUCUUCGUAUUUCUUAUUUCAUUGUACAGUGGGAGAAUUACGAUGGAAGAAUGUAACUUAUUCUCGACUGCGUGUCACAAUGAAUAGUGAAAUACUAAUUUCUAUUGUCAUUGGAAAAUUGGGACAAUCAUGAACAAUCCUUUACUAGCUUUUCUCUUUCUUUUUUUUAACAAUUCCAUUGGCACGAAUUUUUUUUAUUACUUCUGAAUCGAAUUCCACGAAGUGCAACGAAAUCGAAGAAAUAAAUUGAUAUUCAACGAUAGGAUUAAAUUUGUUUCGGCGAAAGUUAUCGAAAGUAUCGUGUUUAUUACUGUGAUAUCUGCGGUUUUACGGUAAAUUUUUAAGGUAGAAGAACGAAAGUUGAUGAGCAUGCGGAGAAGAUAUGACCUAAAUGAUGUCGAAAAAGGAAACACACGCUUUGACUCAGAUCUAACCUAACUACUUAAUUCAAGCAUAAUUCAUACGCAUAAUUUAGACUUAAAGCGCUCUAUUUAUUUAGUUUGCGAAUUAUUCAGCUUUUUGUAUAUAGGUAUAUAUAAAUCUGCCUCACGCGUUACGUUAUUUUACCUAACCUAACACACGAUAUUCAAAUCCAUUCUAUCUUCGUAUUCCAUUCUAAUCCAUAAUCCAAAUAUUGGACCAAUAUAGAUAUAUAUUUACACACUUCUUCCAACUAGUUUCAACUAUUAUAAUUCAGAUAAGCAAUCUGAUAAUGAGUAUCGUGUAAAUACGCGUGCAUAUAGGUACACAUGGCGUUGAAUAUAUGGCGUUAAUUAGGUAGGGAAAAUUUUUAACGUUUUUGUAUUGUAUCUCUUCUUUACGUUCCGUUUCUAUUUUUACGUAAUUAAUCACACGACUAGAUUAAACGAUCAGUAACGACCGCACAAAUACAGAGGAUCCAGAACUUUCGAAAUUCGUUCGGAAUCGAUAUUUCUGUCCAACGAAUAACAGUUAUACUUAUCAGUCAAUGUGAAAGUGAUACGAAACCUUUACAACUUUUUUAACUCUAUGAUGAGAGCGAAAUUAUUUUUAUCUUUUUGAUUGUGACUUGGCUGAGAUUUUUAUUUCGCGCACAUAUCAUUCACAGCUGCUAUCCAAUCCUUUUCUAUAAGAAUUUAAUAUGUACAUAUAUAAUGCAUAUAAAAAUUGAGUAUUCGUGUUUAUUUAUACCAAAUUGGCUGUACGAUAUUCUUCGAACAGAAAAUUCGGAGCGCGUAGAAUGUCGAAAACAACACAAAUUUAUCGAUUCGACGAAACAAAUUUUCGAAACUUACAACUAAUAUAUAUGUAUGCAGUUUCGAAUGAUAGUACCUUCGCGAAAAUUCCACAUCUUGGAAACGUUUCUCGGAUGGCAGAUGGGUUAUAAAGCGUCCUAUUGAAUUUUCUUCAUUAACGACUUUUUGUAAAGAGAAUGAGGAAAAAACUGAAAAAUGAAAAAUCGACCAGUAGUUCGUAAGCGUGUAUGGCGGAAGAAAGGUAUACUACUUAAGAGUAAGGGAGAUCCAAAAUGUGACCAAGCGGAAGCAGCUGUGAUCUGCUUAAAUAGGAUUUCCGCGCCUUAUGUAAUAUAUGUCAUCGCGAAACGUCGCUGUGUCGACGGACAUACGUUUUAUCGAUCAAUUUGUUUUUACCUGGUGGUGCAAUGCAACUUGUAUUCAUAUGCUGCUAAUGCCAACGGAUUCGAGUGAUUUUUACUUUUUAAAGUCUUUAUACAUAUAUGCCCAUAUAAUUGAUUGUAUUUCAUUUAUACACGUCGGAUAUCCUACACGUAUAUAAUGUAAUUAUUAAUGUAUAGUAUCGAUACAGAUAUUAUUAAUAAUAAUACGAGAAAAAUUAUUAAUAAUAUGUGUGAUUAAUGAUAUUAUAAGAAUAUUAUACAUAUAGAUAUGUAUGUGUGUGUAUAAAGACAUCAAAGACUUACCGUUGCUUUUACUUAAAGCGCUUUUUUUUUGCGCCACCUGGUACAUUAUUUAAGUACGAACUCGUUAGUCUAACUAGUCAUUCGUUCACGAUGUCGUGUUAUCGCGCAUUGUAAAAGUCAUCUUUUUCCUGUGAACCGUUUUGGAUCUUACCCGGAAUUGAAUGACACUGUGUCCGGCCAAGAUUUGAAAGUUUCAGAGGAAAUGAUUCACCUGCGAGUGCGACGCCUAUGCGCUUUAUCUGCGAACAAUUUAUAUCUCGUUUUGUAAUUGAGUACGUCCGUUCCGGUUGUUAAAUUCGAAUGCAUCAAACGCAUCUCGCUGCAAGUGACUUUUGCCUUUGACUUGAUUGUCCGACAGUCAAUCACACGAAAUUCGACACACACGGAAUUCCCGCCAGCCUUGGAAAACCUUGAAAAGUCCGCAAAAAAAAAAUCGAUUACGGAUAUACUCCCGACUAUGAAACCAACCACUGACCUGACCUAGCCGACGCGCUUUAUUUCCGAAUAAAACAUUCCCAUGGUUGAACGUAUUAAAAGCACAGAUUCGAACGUUCAAUUAUUCAGGGAUAGUAAUUUCAAAGGCCAUUCGAAUAAAUUGGGAACGCGUUCUAUAAAAUAAAAUAAUAGGCGUGUUGAAAUAUCAAAUAUCACAAAUCAAAUCUAAAUCAGGUACGAAUUCUCGUUUCUUUAAUCCAAUAUUUACUGGAAACAAAUGGAGAGAAAGGAAAGGAACGAAAGAGAUUUGCAGCGAAUAGAUCGAUCUCUGAUUUUGAAUAGUAACUUUCAUUCGAUUGUUAAUGGACGAUCGAUUGAAUUUUCAGUUCGCGUGAAAUGAGAAUUCGGUGACGUAGCAAUAGCGAUACAAUUCCUAAUUAUUUGUCCGAUUUGGCAAAUGUCUCCCUUUCAGAGUUCUUCGCGCACGCGCUCUCGUUUGGAUUAUCCAGCAACCGUUCGAUUUGAUCCUAUUACCAUCACUGACGAUAAGCCGCGUUAAGAGGAUUUCAGACCGCGUUAUUACGCGUGUGGGCGUCCAUUUUCAUUGAACAUUCACGUCGAAAAACUUCUUUAAGCGUAAUAAAAGAUAUCUUUGCACAGUGCGCUUCAUCCAAGUUCGUACGUACAUUCUUAUUUGGAUCUCACAGAUUGAAAACUCUAGAAGAACGUAAGUACGAUCGUUUUACCGGAUUACAUUUAUUUGUAUUCGCAUGUGUGUGCGUGUGCACUUCGCGCCAUCUACCAUAGAACGCCAUAAGUAUCCAAUUUGCGCAAGUUUACCGCCUUCGCUUGGAGAGGGGAAAAGGAGGCCUCAUGAAUAUUGGUUCGAUUCGACAUUCUUUGAGAGGCAGCAAUCGAUGAUUCAUCGACACUUUGAGCUGUGAUCCGCGGGAUAUACUGCGCUGUUAUUGGCUUCGAUACUACGUAUAUAGGAUCAUUUUGAUUAAAGAUCUAAAACAUAAUGUGUAAGUAGUAAAUUUAGAAUACGAUUGAAAGAUCAAUCGUGUAAUCGUCUGUCAAUAAAUUAGCAAGUAAAUACGAUCGUUGAACACGCUGCCUGUCACAGUAUACAGAAAGAUAUGAUAAAAUUACUAUGCAUUGAUAAUCUGUGGUAUUUUUACGCUACAAGUGUUCAUUGUCGAGGAUUAAAAUCUACUUUCAGUUCCUUUUCAUACUGUGAUAUCUUAAAACUUUUAAUACAUUGUCGACUGACCAGAGAGAACUCUUCUUUCUGAAAUACAUACGUAUAUUACGAUCACUGGCAUUUUUAUUUCCCCGAUUUUGCCUCACGUUGCUUCCUUCUGGUAUAGACGUAUGGUUUUAAAUUUAAUCCAAAGCAAAAUACGAUAUUUAUAAUUAUUUUAUAAAAAUUUUGAAACGAACGAGUAUACACAUAAAAUGCCUUGCUCGGUGAUUCUUUGAUUACAAUUAUAAAAUUUCAAUCCGCAAUCACAGUCGGCAAUGUUUUAACAAACAAAAACAUAACACGAUCAGUUUCCUUUUUUCUUUUUUCAUUUUAUUCUUUGACUUUCUCCAUAAUAAUCGUUCUUAUCUAAAUGCUGCGUGACUGUGAGCUAAAAUAAAUCGAAUAAGCGUAAAAAUUCGGCAAAUCAGCUCGAAUUUUUCUUUCCAUCCAAUUCCGACGAGGCGGUAAAGCGGUACGCUACGCGUUACUAACGCUGCAUGCAUAAAUGCGGUUGCGAAAGACUGUGACGUUGUAGGAGGGUUGUUUCAGCGGUAACGUUCCGCUGUUACGUUAAUUAACACUUUCGCUGCGAUAUACGAGUCACUGGUGGUUCGUACAUUAGUCUUACCGUAAUUGUUCACUUUCAAUGAUAAUUCGCUCUACCUGAAUACGCGGUGUGAUUUAUUGCUUAAGAUAGUUUCAAAUAUGGUAGAAAUAACGCGACGCUACAAAAAUUUCUUACUGUACAAAUCGAAAGACAAAUGCGUCUUCUGAAUAAUUAAACGAACUGGUUCGAGAAAUGUAUUCGUAACGAAUGUGUUAAAACAAAGUAGCGAAUAAAGGCUAACAUGACAACCGCUAAACAUUAGUACGUAAGAACGCGUAUUCUGUAACCACGGUGAACAAAGUGGAACUGUAAAAAGGCAAAGCUGGCAGUUCAAACGAGGAGGUGGUAAAAAGAUUGUAAGAAAUUUUGUUUGCUGAUAAAAACAAAACACUCGUUACUUGUCUUAAUAAAUUUUAACGCUUCUCUAAAUCAAUAAAUAUGCAAUUUUUGUUCACCGGUAUACGUAUACGCAUAAAUACACACGAAGAUUUCAUCCUGUCAAACAGAAACCGUGUACGGAAUUGUCUUUGCUUUUCCUUUUUUUUUUUUUUUUUUAUUUAUAAAUAUUCCUUUCCAAAUUUAAAGGUCAAAGUUUCAGGAUCGAGUUGAUCCUCUCCUCAUUUCCAAACGAACUUCUUUGCGUAGCUUUGUAAAUAACGAAUCCUAGAUAAGAGAAACGUUGCAUUAUCAUUCUAGAUGCGUAUAAUUCCGCAAAAUUAAUUCCUUAAUUUCUUUACUGCCAAAUAAUAAGUGGUUGAAACGCUACAAUCGAACGUUGUACAACUCUGUCGACGAAAUCGAUAGCCUGAGGUAAUAUUUGAUAGCAAUAUAUGUAUCUACCGUUCGUUGGUGGAGCCUGAAACGUGAAUAUAUCAAUGGGGUUGUGUGGGUGUGAAUAUGAGUGUAGUGUUCGAGGUGCAUACGUGUGUAUGUACACGUAUGUACGUGCGAUAUUUGUGUGUAAAAAAGAAUUAGGCGGACGUUCGUGUAUUCUACAACGGUCUACACUCAUGUUAUCUGGAUAUCAGCGAGUUAAUAUCAUCUUUGUUAAUAAUCGUUAGAACAUUUCAAGUUUCGUAUUCGUAAUUAAGAUUUAUUAAACUUUGCUUUAUUCUUAACAUCGACAUUAUUUUUAGCGAAAUUUUACUUAGCGCCAUUUAUUUACGUAUAUAAUCGUAUCUUCAAAUUUUCUCACUCGUUUCGAUCGUCGCCGAAAUUACGUACAAGAAAUUCACGCGUGCCUAUUUUCCCAAAACACGAAUGUUCGCCGAGAUCGAAUCUGCACCAUUUUUUGCGCACUUCUGUACAAUAUUUUUCCGCGAUUUUUGCCGCACGAAUCAUACUGUGACAGAGAGAUGCAGGCAAAGAAGAGAUUAAUAAACUGAAUGAUGCGUUUCGACGAACUAUCGCUAUCUUUUUCUAAAUCUUUGACAAGCUGCAACAAUCGCGCGCGACUUUUUUAGACGUCAAUUGUGGAGGGAUGAGUUUGAAAAAACAUAUAAAGAGGAAGAUGGAACGAUAGCAAGGAAAAAACGAACAAUUGUUACUUGCUGUAACUUUUUUGUGUAACGCGAAACAUUGCCAAUUAUAGUUUAUAAUAAUUUAAUCCAAUGUGUACUAGGCGGGUUCGAAGUUGUUUAUCAUUUUACUGUGUUUCUCGGUCAUUGUAAAAUAACUCUACGAGUCCGCCCGUGUUCAAGAGAUGAUAUAUAUGUAUAUACAUAUGUAUUUACGUAUGUAUAUAUGUAUAAUAUACAUAUAUAUAUAUAUCGUCAAAUAAUAAUAAUACGUUCAACAGAAUACGUUCAACUGUACAUGUUUAUUAAAGUACCUGAAUGGAAACCA